GUGUUAUAAUGAUUAAUAUCAAUCAUAUGCUUGUCAUUGAAGUAAAAUUCCUGUUGCGAGUCAUAGGCAUCUCUGUGUCGUUGCUUACAGAGUAAAACGAUCUAAAUCUGUCUUUGGCCAUAGAAAACUUUUUCUAGCAGUAUGCGCGAAUGUGUCUCGAUCCAUGUAGGACAAGCUGGUGUCCAAAUGGGCAAUGCCUGUUGGGAGUUGUACUGCCUGGAACACGGAAUUCAACCCGAUGGCCAGAUGCCGAGCGACAAGACGAUCGGUGGCGGCGAUGACUCGUUCAAUACAUUUUUCAGCGAGACCGGCGCUGGGAAGCACGUUCCUAGAGCUGUCUUUGUCGAUUUGGAACCUUCUGUUAUCGACGAAAUCCGAACUGGUACCUACCGUCAGCUCUUUCAUCCUGAGCAACUUAUCACUGGCAAGGAGGAUGCCGCUAACAACUAUGCUCGCGGGCACUACACCGUGGGAAAAGAUCACAUCGAUAACGUUUUGGACAGGAUAAGGAAACUGGCUGAUCAAUGCAGUGGCCUGCAGGGAUUUCUCGUGUUCCAUUCAUUUGGUGGAGGGACUGGCUCCGGAUUCUCGGCGUUACUUCUGGAACGCCUUUCCGUGGAUUAUGGCAAGAAGUCCAAGCUGGAGUUCGCCAUCUACCCAGCCCCUCAGAUCUCCACCGCUGUGGUCGAGCCCUACAACUCCAUCCUGACCACCCACACAACCCUGGAGCACUCUGACUGUGCCUUCAUGGUGGACAACGAGGCCAUCUAUGACAUCUGCCGCCGCAACCUGGACAUCGAGAGACCCACCUACACCAACCUGAACCGUCUGAUUGGUCAGAUUGUGUCCUCCAUCACUGCAUCUCUACGCUUUGAUGGAUCCUUAAAUGUUGAUCUUAUGGAGUUCCAGACUAACUUGGUGCCUUAUCCUCGUAUUCAUUUCCCCAUGGCUACCUAUGCACCGAUUAUUUCUGCCGAGAAGGCUUACCACGAAAUGAUGACAGUGUCUGACCUCACAAAUGCCUGCUUCGAGCCGGCCAAUCAGAUGGUAAAGUGUGACCCACGUCAUGGCAAAUACAUGGCCUGCUGUCUGCUCUUCCGUGGUGACGUGGUUCCCAAGGACGUCAACGCUGCCAUAGCCACAAUCAAGACCAAAAGAACCAUCCAGUUUGUGGACUGGUGCCCCACUGGAUUCAAGGUCGGCAUCAACUACCAGCCACCCACUGUUGUCCCUGGCGGUGACCUGGCCAAGGUGCAGCGUGCCGUGUGCAUGUUGAGCAACACCACAGCCAUCGCCGAGGCCUGGGCUCGUCUGGAUCACAAGUUUGAUCUGAUGUACGCCAAGCGCGCGUUUGUGCACUGGUAUGUGGGUGAGGGUAUGGAGGAAGGAGAGUUCUCCGAGGCUCGUGAGGAUCUGGCAGCCCUUGAGAAGGACUACGAGGAGGUCGCCGUAGAAAGUGUCGAAGAGGAUGAAGAAGAGGAAGAAUUUUAGCUUUAUGAACACUAUUUGUCAAUCGAAUAAGCAUAGAUGUGCAAUGAUAUACUCAAAACGUGCAAAUAGAGUUCGGUUAUUCGUAAUCCUGUUAGUAAUCUUGUCUUACCUUUUACUAUUUUUUUCUUCUAGAAAUCUGCCCACAUCAUUUUGUCAUGUAUUAAAAUCUAUUUUUCCAAUUAAAUCAAUUUAUCGUCA